AUGUUUGCUGUCAUUCAAGAAGACCAUGAAUCAUGCCAUAAACGAAAACCACGACUGCUCCAGUCUCAGGGGGUCGGCACGGGUCCUAGCACCGAUUCCCUGAGACUAACUGUCGAUAAAAAAACUCUAAAUGUUUCAUUCUCCCCCGUGUCGAUGCUGGAUUAUCGCCGGGUGGCGAAAACACUCGCUUUGGCUUUUGACAAGGACCCGUUUGUCAAUUAUAUCCUCAACACCGCCACUGAGUAUGACCCCUCUCAAUCCAGACUCAUCAAGAAGAAACAUGAUUUGAUGCUUUCACUUUUUGAGUACUCUGUUUAUGAGUAUAUGUCCGUGGGUGGUUUAGUUGUGGUAGUCAAGGACAACAAUUUGGAGCUGGAGAUGAUCCAGCAGCGGAUGCGAGCUCUGGCUAUCAACAAGAUCCCAUUUUUGGGUGUUGCUUGUUGGAGUAAGUUAGUCUAUGAUGAUGAAGAUGAAGUGUACCAAUCUGCUUUGUCGAUGUCUUCGUUGUCUAACAUGCAUCCUUCUUCUUUGAAGUACAACCUCUUUUCUUCAUUGGCAAAGUGUCGUCUGAGAGUACAACGUAUUGGAGACACACGAUUGAAGUUUGAGCGUGACGGUGUUCUCGAGGCUAUGAUUUCUUCUCACCAGUUGAAUAAGGAGAACAACGUAUGGUAUUUGGGAGAUGUGGGUAUUAUUCCUGCUGCCCAGGGCCACGGCUUGGCAAAGAAAUUGAUCAAUCACUGUUUGGAGAACUAUAUGAAGGGUCAUUGGUGCUACUUAGAGUCAUCGAACUUAGCGAACAGAAAGUUCUAUGAGAAGUUGGGUUGGGUUUUGAAGAAGACGUUUAUCAUCAAUGAUGAAGUAACUCCUUCAGAGUCCAGCGACUCGGAUGAUUCGAGCUCGUCGACAAGACGGAACUCCUUCUCUCGCAAGCCGUUAAGUAAGCCCGUGAGUGCCGAAGAGUUGCUCUACAUCGACUCCUUCAUGAUUUAUGCAGAUGUGAAUUGA